UUCUCUCUCUCUCUGAGACCUAAAAAUGUGUCCAGCUGGAAUUUCAAACUAGUCAGGGAUUCUCGAAGUACUACGGAACUAUAAUUAAGUGACCAAUUUGAACAAAUAAUUACAAUUAUGCUCUCUUUUUUUUAGUCAUUCAAAAUCACAGCUUGACAAUAAUAAUCUUGUGUAGAAGAACACACUGAUGUGUUGUAUGUGGUAUAUGUAGGGCCUGUAGUGGAUGUAUGUCCUCUUACAGCUUUUCUGUUUGUAUAGAAAUCAGUAAAUCUACUCAAUAUCUUUCCAGAGCAUCUUCCACGACGUCAUCUUCCACACAGAGUUGACAGCCCCCUGCAACACAUUAGUUGACGAUGCGCCUUCAGCGUGUCGAGGCGCGCUCGUCUCUUAAUAAAACGACGCAGGGAACAACUAUGAGCGCCGUGCAACCUUGACGAGAUACCUUUACGAACACUUCAGUGCACUUUGUAUCCACCUGAGAAGGGAAGAGGGCGCGUCUUCCGCGUGGGUGGGGACGCGACGUUGUCCGGGAACUUGUUUUUGGUCAAGUUUACGCAUGCGGGAGCGACGAGCUGGGCCGCGACGUCAAUCUCCACGCCGUGCGAUGCAAUGUGGAACACCACGCGUGAUGGCAAGGCGAACAGGGCGCCGCUCGCACUGCUCCGUUGGUGCGUUUGCUUGGAACGUGCGUGCGUAAAAAAAAGACUUUUCUGCUUCCAGGGGAUUUCCUGAUUGGUUGAUUUGGCGGCUGUAGCAAUCAGGAAGGCAGAAGCUAUCUCCCAAAACAUGAAGAAGACUAAGGACCAAGAAUUAUGGAACAAGUCUUGACUGGAUCAUGUAACUGGUGACUGGCUUCACGCAGACUCCCCCGGAGAUAGCAGCCUGACAACAAGCCGAUCUGUGUGUCUGUCGUCAUCAUCUUACCGCACACAGCGCGCCGCCUCGCCUUAUUGAAACGGAGAAGCCCAUUAAAGCGGUUGAUAGAUACGAAGGUUCGUUGUCGAGGUGGUGUUGUCUGCCGGCUGCAGCUUGGAGAUGAGAUAAGAAGAGUGGCAAGAAGAGGAACAAAAGUGGCCAUCUGACAGAAACUGAAUACAAAUGAGGAUCCAUCGCUCCUGCUGCAAUGCAAGCGGGGCCGGAUCGAUAUUAGAAAACUGAAAUGGACAAAUAAGUCGGCUUCGAUUACAGGACCAUUAGCUGGGAACCCAAAAUGAUGGGAUGUUAGCUUCGAGUUGAUAUGAAAAGCAAGGCGGGGGGAUUGAACCCUGCACUCUUGGGUGUGUGUGCAAUGAGGCUCCUAUAAAGCUAUAGAGGAUCAUAAGCAAGAUGGAGGUGUACAACAGCUCCCUGGAGUACUUCACCAGCAACGUCACCGAGAUUCCCGGUCCGACUACUGUAACUCGCUACUGGAGCGAGGCCUCGGUUUUGGGCUUCCAGAUCUCCCUGUCCGUGCUCCUGGGUGUGGUGACCUUCGCCACGGUGCUGUCCAACGCCUUCGUCAUCGCCACCAUCUUCUUGACCAGGAAGCUGCACACCCCCGCCAACUUCCUGAUUGGCUCGCUGGCCGUCACCGACCUCCUGGUGUCCAUCCUGGUGAUGCCAAUCAGCAUAGUGUACACGGUCAGCAAGACCUGGUCGCUGGGGCAAAUCGUGUGCGACAUCUGGCUGUCGUCUGACAUCACCUUUUGCACGGCGUCCAUCCUCCACCUGUGCGUCAUCGCCCUGGACCGCUACUGGGCAAUCACGGAUGCGCUGGAGUACUCCAAACGCCGCACCAUGCGCCGAGCCGGGAUCAUGGUCGGAGUAGUGUGGGUGAUCGCCAUAUCGAUUUCCAUGCCUCCGCUCUUCUGGCGGCAGGCCAAAGCCCACGAGGAGCUUACGGAGUGCUUGGUGAAUACAGAUCAGAUCUCGUACACGCUCUACUCCACCUUCGGGGCGUUCUAUGUUCCCACAGUGCUUCUCGUCAUCCUUUAUGGACGGAUUUACAUCGCGGCGCGCUCCCGCAUCUUUAAGUUGCCGACGUCAUCCGGGAAGCGCUUCACGACGGCACAGCUCAUCCAGACCUCGGCGGGCUCGUCCCUGUGUUCUCUUAAUUCCUCGUCCAACCAGGAAGGGCACCUCCAGGAAGGGCAUGUCCACUCGGGAACAGGGAGCUCGCCUCUGUUCACGAACAGCGUGAAGGUGAAGCUGGCCGACAACGUACUGGAAAGGAAGCGACUGUGCGCGGCGCGUGAGAGGAAAGCGACCAAGACGCUGGGCAUUAUCCUGGGUGCUUUCAUCGUGUGCUGGUUGCCCUUCUUCGUGGGCACGCUGGUUACGGCCAUUUGCAAAGAGUGCUGGUUUCACCCGGUGCUCUUUGAUGUCUUCACCUGGCUGGGAUACCUCAACUCGCUCAUCAACCCAGUGAUCUACACUGUGUUCAAUGACGAGUUCAAGCAGGCCUUCCAGAAACUCAUGAAGUUCAGACGCUUCUCUUGAAGACAAAAAAAGCUCUCGGAAAAUAGUAUGAUUAAGUAUAAUUAAUGUAAUGUAAAUUUUCCAUCUCGUAAACAUAUGAACAUAUGGUAGAUGUAUUUAUUUUUUACAUGCAGUUGCUCAGUGCCACGCUUCGCCAGAUAACAGAAAAGACUUGCAUGCGGAAAAGUAAGAACUAUAGCACUCAUGUAGAAAACAUGAGGAAGAACGACAAGUCAUCAGAAUCAGAAUCAGAAUCAGAAUCAUCUUUAUUUGCCAAGUAUGUCCAAAACACACAAGGAAUUUGUCUCUCAUUCAGCAGGAUGUGCGCUCACUGGCCACAACAUUAGGUACACCUGGUCAAACACCCGUCCCCACUCGCAUCAGCGGUUAUCCUGCAAUCAGCAGUUAUCCUGCAAUCCGGUAACUUGCUUCUGCAUUCGGCAAAACAGGUCGAAACACUUCCUCCUCCCCCAGGUGAAUGGUGAAUGGGACUGUGACGAAGAACCUGUAGGAACUUUAAACGUCUGCAGUGCAUGUCACCACAAAGCCACCAAAAUUUUAAAUAUCCCAUUUAGGCUUCAUUUAUGUUUACAUAUAUCAUAGUUGUAUAAAUAAAUGAUAUACCAUAAUUUAUUGUAUAUAAUGUGCACCCAUGUAUAAUACGCACCCCCAAAGUUGACCUCAAAAUUCUGGAAAACCUUUCUACCUAGGUAUAAUGCAUUUUUUUCAAUGCAUGAUUUUGCUUCUACCCAUAUGAUCAAAACAUGAAGUAUUAUCUGUAUUUUGUUUUUUUUUCAAAGAAUUAUUCUGAAGUUAAGCACUUUAUUUGAAUACGUAAUCCUUUUAAUAAAAAUUAACUUAUUCUUAUUUUGAAAUUCACAGCCCUACUUUUAUUUAGUAAAUUAGAAAACACACAGUUGUGCUCUUAUGUUUGAUUACCCAAGCAGAAUUUGUAAGAUGGGUUCAAUUCUUUAAAGAAAAUAUGAAAGACCAGGCGCAAUUUUUAUUUCAAUGGGAUUCAAAUUAAAUGGUCAAGCAUUUCAGAAAAGCAUUAUCAUUAAACAAAACAUAACCAUAAAGAAAGUAAUGAUGGUUGUUGUUCAGUCAUCAGUCAUAUUUAAAAAAAAAAAAAAAAAAAAAAAGCGGCAUUUCACAAAUUCUGCUAGGGUAUGUAAACUUAUGAGCACAACUAUACAUAUAUGCAGUCAUACGUACCUCUGUUAUAUUGUAAUGAAAGUGUAGGCUACAUGUUUUUUUACAACCACUAGGUGGCAGUGGCAUUUUGGAAUGAAAGUGUAGAGCUUUUUCAUAACCACUAGAUGGUAGCAUACAUUUAUGUGAAAGUUUUUUUUCCAUUUUCCCCUAUACCCAUGUAUAAUGCGCACUAUUGACUUUUGACAUUUCUUUUUUUUUUUUGGGGGAAUGCGGAUUAUACACGAGAAAUUACGGUACAUGUAUUUUAACUUUUGUCCAAAGACACCAGCCAUAAAGAAAAAAAUUUAGCAAGUUGGGCUUCAAACUAUCAUGUCAUCAACCCAUAGUCAUGGUCUUUAGCGCAGAAUACAGAGGAAGUCCACAAACAUGUUUCUGGAUUUGGUCACAUGACUUUCUGCGGCUAGCGGAUGGUGAGUGACUUAUAUUUAUUUGGCCUAUUUUUCCUACUGAAGUGUACAGUUAGCUAGCUAACUAUGCUGAUGAGUGUGAUUGUAGUUUUCAAUGGUGUGCAAAUGCACUCCGUCAUACAUUCUGAGAGAUGUUUCUAAUAUUUUGGUUACUUUAUUCCAAGAGCAAACAAUAUUACAUUUUUAAGCAAUGCAUCUCACAAACAAGUGUACCUAAUGAAGUGGCCGGUGAGCAGAGCUCUUGACUGGAUGCAAUCCAGUUUUGGAAAGCCAUCAAGUGUACUGUAUGUUGCUGCUCCGUUAUGUUUUCUCUGGUACAGUAAAGUACUUACCCUAAAAGGUUCAGUAAA